CAGGCUCCAGUUAGGGCUGUUAGCCUUGCCUGGGAGCGCCCCUGGGUCUUUAUCUAACCCCUAAAUCCCUUGAGGCAGCCCCUCUCAGGCUAGCCUGGCCCCCAGGCCCUUAGUCUGAUGUAGUUCCGCCCUCUCUUUCAUCAUCAAGGCCGUUUCCUAGGCGUCUCCAAGGCAGUGCCCCUUCUUAGAAUGAUCUUGACUGUUGGCCGGCGGGUGGAUUCGGAGGAGACUCUGAGGCCGGUCUGCUCCGCAGAUACAGCUUAUGAAAGCCCUCUUUUCCUAGUUGGAACCUGGCUAUUCCGACCCCCAACUUUAGGUGCCAGUUUCAUACCCUGAGCAGACUUGAACAAAGGCUGUGCCCUGACCUGACCUAGAGUGAGACCCCAGGAAAAGCCCCAGGAGACUGACGUGGAGCCAAUAUGAAUUGGAGUCUGGCACUUCCCAGUUCUCCAGGGUCUUCUUCUAACAAGCAUGGAGACAGGUUCAUUCCCUCCAGAGCUGGAGCCAACUGGGGCCUGUACUUCCAUAAACCGACUCAACCUGAGAAAUCACCCAAGCAGAAACGCAAAGCAAAGCAAGCCACCUUAGACAGUUGUCCAGUUAACCCUUUCUAUACUGCCUUGUUGAAGAACGAGCUACUAGGAGCUGGGAUCGAGAAUGUCCCACAUCCCAAAGGAGAGAGCCAAGGGCUGCAGUCUCCUAUACCACAUACAAAGAAUCUCUUCUCAUAUGCUCACAACACGAAGCGCUGGAGACCUGAUUCUGGUAGUGAAGUCUGUCCUUAUAUCUUAUCUCCCAUCAGCAACAAAAGUCAGACAUUACUAAAGUCCCAGCAGAAACCAAUCCGAAAAAUUUCUGAAAGCCCUUUCAAAAUCCUCGAGGCCCCAGAACUCCAAAAUGACUUCUACUUGAACCUGGUAGACUGGUCUUGCCUAAACAUCAUCACUGUGGGCCUGGGCAGCCGUGCUUACCUGUGGAAUGCUGCUACAUGCCAGGUGACUAAGCUGUGUGACUUGUCUAGUGAUGAAGAUUAUGUGACUUCUGUGAACUGGUCUGAACAGGGGAACUUGGUAGCAGUUGGAACAGACAAAGGCCUGGUACAGGUCUGGGAUGUAACUGCAGGGAAGAUGCUGUGCAAGUUGGAGGGUCACGCAGCUCGAGUUGGCGUGCUUGCCUGGAAUGCUGAUCAGAUUUCCUCUGGAGGCCGGGACACGAUGAUCCUCCAGAGAGACAUCCGGGCACCCCGCCCUCAGUCUGAGCGCUGGCUGAUAGGGCACAGGCAAGAGGUAUGUGGGCUAAAGUGGUCCGUAGAUCACCAGCUUCUGGCUUCAGGUGGAAAUGAUAAUACAGUUCUGGUCUGGAGCCUCUACAAUGUUAAGCCUGUCCAUAAGUACACCAAACAUGUGGCUGCCGUAAAAGCGAUUGCCUGGUCUCCCCAUCAACACGGCCUGUUGGCAUCAGGUGGUGGAACAGCAGACCGCAACAUUCGCUUCUGGAACACAUUGACGGGACAGCCCGUUCAGCAUAUUGAUACUGGUUCCCAAGUGUGCAAUCUGGCCUGGUCCAGACAUGACAACGAGCUGGUGAGCACCCAUGGAUAUGCCGAAAACCAGAUUGCCGUCUGGAGAUAUCCUUCCUUGACAAAAGUAGCCAAACUCAUAGGGCACUCCUACCGAGUUUUGUAUCUGGCAGUGUCUCCCGAUGGACAGUCCAUAGUUACAGGAGCUGGGGAUGAGACACUGAGAUUCUGGACUGUUUUUUAUAAAACUCAUUCUGCAAAGGAAGCUGCUUCUGCCCUCAGUCUCUUCACUAAAAUUCGGUAACUCUUCCAUCCCUCAAUCCAGGACCUAAGGACCAGGAAGCUACGGCACACAUGGCAAAGUGAUUAACGAAUCAUUGUGAGUGGAAUUCCAAUGAUACACAAGGGAUAGGACUAGCACACGGACCUGGAAAAUCUUUUGAGAUUCUUAUUAAAUUCUUAAUUGUGAA